AUGGCGUUAUUUUAUUUUCUAGUUUUUAUUAGUUUGUGCAUAGCAUGUUGCAAAGUUGAUGCAAGAAGCAAAGCUCUACUAAACGAGCAAAAUCAUUUUACUGCAUCCGAUAACACCAUGCUUCAAGUGGACAAUGAUUUUGAGUGUGUUGAUAUCUACAAGCAACCUGCCCUACAACAUCCCUUGUUAAAAAAUCACAAAAUUCAGCUUUACCCAACAUUUGCAAAGAAUGUCGUGCGAAGUAGACCAUCUUAUGAUGGUGAAUGUCCAACAGGAAAAGUACCUAUUUAUAAGAGGACAAAAAGACAUCAAAUUGUUACUAAUUCGUCUUCAAAAUUACCAAUUGAAGAUUUGCGACAUUAUGCCAACAGGUUCAAUGAAGCUCAUACUGUUACUCUCGAUACAAGCCAAAAUCAGAUUUUCUAUGGAGGAUCUGCAUUGAUAAGUGCAUAUAAUCUCUCACUCAACCUCAACCAAUAUAGCACAUCUUCGGUUAUUGUUGAAAGUGGUCCACGAGCAGAACUCAAUAGCAUACACGCCGGAGUUGGGGUUCGUCCAGACAUAUAUCACGAUAGUCAACUACGGCUAACUUCAUAUUGGACGGCAUUUGGUAGCGCUCAUUCUGGAUGUUCAGAUACUCAAUGUCCUGGUUUCGUGCAAGUAACUCAAGACAAACAUAAUUUUCUUGGAUCUGUCGUAUCUCCCGCUACUCCCAUUGGAGCAUCAGAUAAAUUAUUCCUUGCAACCAAGAUCCAACGGGAUCGAUCCACAGGAAAUUGGUGGUUAAUUAUUGAUGAAAAAAAAGAAAUACAUGUUGGAUAUUGGCCAAAAGAAAUAUUCACUCAUUUAAGCAAUGGAGCAUCUAAGGUUAGAUUUGGGGGUGAAACUGCAGCUAUUACGGUAAGUCCUCCAAUGGGUAGUGGGAGAUUACCUCAAGACGGAUUUCAAUAUUCAGCUCUCAUGGGAUUACUUCAGCAUAUUGAUACAAAUUAUAAUCAAAUUGAUCUAUAUCCUGCACUUUUGAAGGUAUAUAAUGAUGCUAAAAAAGAAUGCUAUGAUUUAAAGUUUUAUGAAGCAUUAGGGGGGAAACUUUAUCGACGAGCUAUUUUGUACGGUGGGCCAGGUGGACAAUGUAAUCUAUGA